AUGGACAGCCGCUACACCAGCGCCGCGGGCAUCGGGGACUUGAACCAGCUGAGUGCGGCCAUCCCCGCCACGCGCGUGGAGGUGUCAGUGUCCUGCAGAUGCUCAGUGGACCAGAUCCUCCCGAAUCUUCUUGAUAGAGACACGUUUUCUAAGUCUGAUCCAAUUUGUGUCUUAUAUACACAAGCAGUUGGAAAUAAAGAAUGGAGAGAGUUUGGAAGAACUGAAGUGAUUGAUAAUACUUUGAAUCCUGAUUUCGUAAGAAAAUUUAUUCUGGACUAUUUCUUUGAAGAAAGAGAGAAUCUCCGCUUUGACUUAUAUGAUGUUGAUUCAAAGAGUCCCAAUUUGUCCAAACAUGACUUUCUGGGACAAGUGUUUUGUACAUUGGGGGAGAUUGUUGGUUCACAGGGAAGUCGUCUGGAAAAGCCAAUAGUAGGAAUUCCAGGCAGGAAAUGUGGCACAAUCAUACUAACAGCAGAGGAGCUAAAUUGCUGCAGGGAUGCUGUCUUGAUGCAGUUUUGUGCAAAUAAAUUGGAUAAGAAGGAUUUCUUCGGAAAGUCAGAUCCUUUCCUUGUAUUUUAUAGAAGUAAUGAGGAUGGAAGUUUUACAAUUUGUCACAAGACAGAAGUUGUCAAAAACACUCUGAAUCCUGUGUGGCAAGCCUUCAAGAUCUCAGUCAGAGCAUUGUGCAAUGGGGAUUAUGACAGAACCAUCAAGGUAGAAGUGUAUGACUGGGACCGAGAUGGGAGUCAUGAUUUCAUUGGGGAAUUUACAACAAGCUAUCGAGAACUUUCUAGAGGACAGUCACAGUUCAACGUCUAUGAGGUGGUGAAUCCCAAAAAGAAAGGAAAAAAGAAAAAAUACACCAAUUCAGGAACAGUAACCUUACUGUCUUUCUUGGUGGAAACAGAAGUCUCCUUCCUAGACUAUAUUAAAGGAGGAACUCAGAUCAACUUCACAGUGGCCAUUGACUUCACAGCAUCAAAUGGAAACCCUGCCCAGCCGACUUCUCUCCACUACAUGAACCCUUACCAACUGAACGCCUACGGCAUGGCACUGAAGGCUGUGGGAGAAAUCGUUCAAGAUUAUGACAGUGAUAAGAUGUUCCCAGCCCUUGGCUUUGGUGCAAAGCUGCCUCCAGAUGGAAGGGUAUCUCACGAGUUUGCUUUGAAUGGCAACCCUCAGAAUCCCUACUGUGAUGGCAUUGAAGGGGUCAUGGAAGCUUAUUAUAGAAGUCUGAAAUCUGUGCAGCUGUAUGGGCCAACCAACUUUGCUCCUGUAAUAAACCACGUAGCAAGGUAUGCAUCUUCUGUAAAAGAUGGCUCCCAGUAUUUUGUGCUCCUGAUUGUGACGGAUGGUGUGAUCUCAGAUAUGGCUCAAACUAAAGAAUCCAUAGUUAAUGCCUCAAAGCUUCCAAUGUCAAUAAUUAUAGUAGGUGUUGGACCUGCAGAAUUUGAUGCAAUGGUUGAAUUGGAUGGAGAUGAUGUAAGAGUUUCCUCCAGAGGGAAAUACGCUGAAAGAGACAUUGUACAGUUUGUGCCAUUCAGGGAUUAUAUGGACAGAAGUGGAAACCACAUAUUGAGCAUGGCUAGAUUGGCCAAAGAUGUCUUAGCUGAGAUCCCCGAGCAGUUCCUCUCCUACAUGAGAGCCAGAGGAAUCAAGCCAUCACCAGCGCCUCCCCCAUACACCCCGCCUACACACGUGCUGCAGACUCAAAUAUGACUACGUCCAGAUGCUGAUGUUCAUCACACGUCAGUCAGAACUGCUGAGCCUAUGCGUUGCACCUGGUGCUCUGCUAUGAACCAGGGAAUGAGACACUUUCUCAGUUUGGUUUCAGCAGUACUCGAUAAUGUGCUUUCUUGGAUCCAAAAUUAAUUCUCUUCCUAAACCAAAACUGUAAAUAUGGUGGUUGCAUGAGCAACAGAAAAAUUGUUUAAAUGCUUGAAGCAAAGUAGAGAUGUCUUCUCUAAUUUUCAAAUAUUUUUGUUUUGUUAUCAACAGAAUAGUGAAUUUCCAAUGUAUUAUUGGGAAAAAGCACAAGCUACAUUUUUAACAUAAAUAUUGUCCUCGACUGCUAUAUAUAUAUAUAUAUAUACACACAUAUGGGACAGCAGUCUCUGUAUCAAUGUUUACAUGUUACUACUUUUUAAAUUUCAAUACUUUUAUAACUGUUCUUAAGAAUAAGUUUUGAAUAUUGAAUCCUUUGUCUUCUAAAUUGCAAUAGUUAUAAUCACAAGAGCAAUAUCUCUUUGAAUGAAUGACUGGACACUCAUGGUAUGAGUGAGGGAAGAGUAGGAGGAAGAAAAAUCUAUUUAGUGAUUAAAAUCUGUCCUCAGUUUUGGCCAAUAAUGGAGUUUAAACAUACACAGAUGUGACUCUGUAAGAAUGUGCAUUUUUCAUGGACUUUGGGUUUAAAAUUAGACUGCAGUAAACAUGUUUUGUAAUGCUAAGUAGGAGCAAUGAAAAGGCAAACACAGUACACUGUCAAUGCACAGAAUAUACUUUGUAUAAAAACUACCAUCAUUAUAAUGCCAUUUAACAAGUAAAACCAAGACUGUAACUCCGAACCAUGUAGCAGGUAUUUUGAACUUUGUAUUCAGUUGUAUCCUGUCUAGAUAUUUUAAUUCAAAGGGAUACUGGCUCUCUUGCUUGGGGUUUCUUGUUCUCACCAUUCCACUUUGCCACACGGGUUGCACAGGCUGGAGUCUCUUGUGAAUUCUCAGUUCAACGUACACAGCCCUGUGACUUAGCACAUAACCCAUUUGUGAAAUAAACUCGUCUCUGUCCCCUGGUUGUGAAAGAACCCAUCCCUGUCCCCUGGCUUGCCUGCUCACAAUCAAUUCUAAACAGUUUUCACUGUACAGUUUUUAUACGAAUUACAGUUUUGUGAAGUUAUGUCUAAAUUUCUUUAGAACAAAUGGCCUUAAAUUCUCACAGAAUUCCUGGAAAUGAUUGUGAAUUGCCUUCAACAUUCAGAAAUGUGUAUUUAUUUAUUGUUCUUCUGUGUCAACGGUGUGACCGCUUUAUAACCUCUCUGCCUCCCCCUCUUUGCUACUUGGACUAUUCCUACUGUGAGUUCUCUUGUCACAACUUGAUGUACAGUGACUUUUAUAAGCAUGAAACUGUUUUACUGGAAAAAUGCAUAAUCCUCACAGCUAACAAAAUCACAGUUACGUAACUGUGAUGCGAGUUGUCCAUUUUUAAGUACACAUUAAAACCUUUAAAAGGAUAA